AUGACGAUGGUAAUGGAAAACCAGAACCGCCCUUAUGGCGGCAUGAGCUUCGACAAUGUCUAUCACCACAACCCACCGCAAUUCACAGACCCUUGGGCAGCACACACCACCUCGCACUCGACCCCUCCAGUCUACGCGACUUCCAUGGGCAACAGCACCAACCUUCCUAUCAACGCCAAGGAGGAGGUCGGUCGCGCCGCCGCCAUGUCCAUGCCCUAUCCUAGCAUCCCCGUGCCCGCGCCUUCACUUGUGCCUGGCAACAGCUACACAACUGGCUACGGCCCCGAGGUAAUGGGAAUGCAACACGAAGUACCGAGGACCGGCUUCGAGCAGCCCCCAAACUAUACCACUGCGCCGCCUAUGAGCAACUUCUCCCCGGCCACCUAUGCGCCAGUCAGCUACGCCCCGAUUCACCCGUCUCAGUCACAAGACGCUCGUCGCAUUUCGCAUUCAGAUGCUCGCGUGGGUUCUUCAGUACCCGCGCCUACUCCUACCUUUGGCGACGCGCUCGACGCCAGCCGCGGAAUGGUGGCGCUCAGCCAGGACUUGACUCCUCGCAACAUUUAUGGCCCUCGCGGCGCGCGAGGCUCUGCCGAUUCCUAUGGCUUCCCUUCGGCUCACAGUUCGGCCUCAUCCAUCUCCUCCGGCAGCAACUAUCCCUACUACAGUGCCUCGGUGGGCUCUGUUGACUCAUCCGUCACCGACUACAGCUCCACAACAUCCGAGUCCUACGAGUCGCGGACUCUCCCAAGGCCGGCCAACCUUCUGGCUGGAAGCGCGCCUCCUGGCCCUCAGUCGAUGAUGAGCCAGUUCAGCUCGAAGAUGCCUUCCAACACCCAGAAGAAGCACAAGUGCAAGGUCUGCGACAAGCGCUUCACUCGUCCUUCUUCUCUGCAGACACAUAUGUACAGCCACACUGGCGAGAAGCCAUUCGCAUGCGAUGUUGAAGGUUGCGGGCGACACUUCUCCGUGGUUUCCAACUUGCGCCGGCACAAGAAGGUGCACAAGGGUGAAAAGGAAGGCGACUCGCCCGACGAGGACGAAUAA